UUAAGUACGGAGUGAUUCAUCUCCGUAAUACACAAUCUUUGCGCAGCUGCACAGCGCUGCCUGCUGUUGUAUCUGACUCCGUGAGGAUGGACGGUGUGUCGUUAGGACACUGCCUCUCAUGUCUUACCAGUCUGGUGGCCACACCAGCCUCGCCACGUCCAAACUGCAACACAGAUUCAGAGGAGGACACGGUGAAUGGAGGGAUGCACACCUUCAACCAGACGCACAUGAGGAAGGCUUUCCAGCUGAUGAACGACCUGAGGAGUAAAAAGAUGCUGUGUGACAUCCAGCUGGUGGCGGGGAGCGUUGAAGUGCCGGCUCACAGGGUGGUCCUGGCGUCCUGUAGCCCCUACUUCUAUGCCAUGUUCACAGGUGAUAUGAGUGAGAGCAAGGCCCAUCAGGUGGAGAUUAGAGAGGUGGAUGGACAGACCCUGAGAAAGCUGGUCGACUACAUCUACACAGCUGAGAUAGAGGUCACAGAGGAGAACGUCCAGGUUCUGCUGCCAGCAGCCAGCCUCCUCCAGCUGAUGGAUGUUCGUCAGGUUUGUUGUGAGUUCCUGCAGUCUCAGCUUCACCCCACCAACUGUUUGGGUAUCAGAGCCUUCGCUGACGUGCACACAUGCACACAGCUUCUCGACCAGUCCCACGCAUACGCUGAGCAGCAUUUCACUGAGGUGGUGCAGGGAGAAGAGUUCAUGGGCCUUUCUCUGCAGCAGGUGUGCAGCCUCAUUUCCAGCGACAAACUCACUGUUUCCACAGAGGAAAAGGUGUUUGAGGCGAUGAUAUCCUGGAUCAAGCACGAUAAGCCAGCUCGUCUGGAGUACAUGCCCAAACUUAUGGAGCAUGUCAGACUUCCACUACUGUCCAGGGAUUACCUGGUACAGAUUGUCGAGGAAGAGGCUUUGAUAAAGAACAACAACACCUGUAAAGAUUUUCUCAUAGAAGCAAUGAAGUAUCACCUGCUGCCAGCUGACCAGCGGCACCUCAUCAAGACAGACAGGACCCGACCACGAACUCCUAUCAGCAUCCCAAAGGUGAUGAUUGUGGUGGGCGGUCAGGCUCCUAAGGCGAUCCGCAGUGUGGAGUGUUACGACUUCCAGGAAGAUCGAUGGUACCAAGUAGCCGACCUACCUUCCAGACGCUGCCGGGCAGGUGUGGUUUCUAUGGCAGGCCGUGUGUACGCAGUCGGAGGGUUCAACAGUUCUCUGAGGGAGCGAACGGUGGACGUGUACGACGGAGUGAGAGACCAGUGGAGUGCUGUGGCGAGCAUGCAGGAGCGACGCAGUACACUGGGAGCUGCUGUGCUGGGCGAUUUACUGUACGCCGUUGGGGGCUUUAACGGCAGUAUAGGUUUGUCAACAGUUGAAGCCUACAAUUAUAAAACCAACGAGUGGAUGUAUGUUGCCUCCAUGAACACCAGACGCAGCAGUGUGGGUGUAGGGGUGGUUGAUGGUAAGUUGUAUGCAGUAGGAGGUUAUGAUGGAGCAUCCCGUCAGUGUCUCAGUACAGUGGAAGAAUACGACCCUGUCGCUGAUCAGUGGUGCUACGUAGCGGACAUGAGCACACGGCGCAGUGGAGCAGGGGUAGGUGUGUUGAAAGGUCAGCUGUAUGCAGCAGGAGGACAUGACGGUCCUCUGGUGAGAAAAAGCGUUGAGGUGUUCGACCCACAGACCAACACCUGGAGACUGGUCUGUGACAUGAACAUGUGCCGACGAAACGCAGGUAUUUGUGCCAUUAACGGGCUGCUGUACGUGAUUGGAGGAGACGACGGCUCCUGUAACCUGUCCUCUGUAGAGUUUUACAACCCUGCCACAGACAAGUGGAGCCUUAUUCCCACAAACAUGAGCAAUGGACGCAGCUAUGCAGGAGUGGCAGUGAUUGACAAGCCAUUAUGACCAGGGGCCUCCCACGGCAUCAGCUCUGCAUCGGCCGCCAGUUUCACAGAGACUCGCACUGACGUCUGAAGCUCAACAGGCAGCCGGAGAAGUAACGCCUGAGAUAAACACUGUCCAAAUGGAUAGGACGCCCUCAAUCCGCAGCUGACUUUAUCAACUAUCCUUCUUAAGGAGUCAUUUUUUGGCGCUAAACCACAACCUGAUUUUGUCGCUAUGUCCAUUUCUAUAAGUGAGAGCCUGAAUUUUAAAGGACACUGUUAGGACACCGGAUAAGAAACAAUAUCCACAGGUUAGUGGGAUUAUAAGAACUUUGUCUUAGUGAGUUUUCAAUUGCCAAGCCCACGCAACAAGUGGCUCUAUCAGCGGACAUGAGACACUGAUGUUCAAAUCACUUUGAUGGGCCAAACGGAGCCAAGUGCUUUAGAUGCUCAGUGGUGUCAUGGUGGCGUUCAUGUGAUGGACUGUGAAACUGAAAACCGCUGUUUGCAGGCAGACUGACCACCUACAGCAUUUAACAAUGUUACUGCAAUUAUCAGGACUUUGCAACACUGACCUGUGAGUAGCUGUUGCAGGAGCAUUUUUUUUCAAAAUCCGAAAAAACCUGGGCUGCCAUGGAAGACUUUUUUUUAAUAUUUUUUUAUUAUGAGACUUGCCACAAUUCCUAGAAUAUAAAUCAGCUAAUGGCAACUUGAUUUUGAAAAAAAAAUCGUUUGAUUCCUGGUCCAGCUGUUGUGUGGUCAGAAAAAGGCCACAGCUGCCAGUGUGUAUUUGUUCUCAACCCGGAGGCCUGGACCUAGAGAGCUACAAGAUAAAGAAUGUAGAAAACCUCUUAUAUGCAAAUCAGUUAUUGUAUUUAAUACUUUUGAGAUUGUUUUUAAAGAGGUUAAAAACCACUUGCUGUGGCUUUAGACCCGGGCCAGUUGAUCUGAUUCGACACAGUAGAACUUGAGUCUGUUGUCGACACACUACUGAUGCACUGAUCGCUUGCACUGACUGAUACAGACCUGCAGGCUGGCUGUCUGACUCACCGAUCGGCCUGCCGGACAUCUGCCCGACUAUCUGACUGACCUGCUGUCAGACAGACAGCUGCUGAGCUGUCUGUCUCCUUUACUGAUCGUAGUCAUGCAAGCAUUUAAAUUCACCAUUUCAAGGCCAAUAAUUGUAUCAUAAAUUGUAAAAAAAAGAAAUGUGCCAGUUAUGCUGAUCAGAAAAUGCUGGAGUCACAUAGUGUUUUUAUCGUAAGUAACAAACUAAAAUGAUGAAUUGUUAUUGAUCGUUGUCUAAGGGAGAGUGUCAAAAUGCACUGUAAAAAUUCUAAUGUAAAAGAUAAGGGUGUAAGACUGUCUAUUUAUUGUUUUGAGACAUUCAAUUACAUAGCAUUUAUUCAUAUCAAAGUGAGGAUCUCAUUUCAUUUUCUCAGCCAAGUGUUACACUUGUUCUUCUCUCACAUUCAUUCAGACGAUGAUGGGUGUAUUUUAAAUGAUGUUAUUUAGCUGACUGACUGGUGCCAUAGCUUUUGGAGAAAAGAGAUUUAUUGAAGCUGCUUUUAUGAAAGGAGUUCUCACCCGAACCUUUCACUUCUGCCUGCAAUAUUCCAGAAGUUACUAACGUAAUCGUCUGUCAUUUCAAAGCCUUCUGACAAAAAAGUGUAUAAAAUACUUGAAAGACCAUACUGUUGUUUAGUCAAUUUAUAAGUCAUGUGUACUACAUUAAUCCCACUUCGUACAUUUCUGAAUAUGUUUCCAGAAAGUUAGUUUAAGUAUAAAAUGACUUCAAACUCGCUCAAGAUACAGUAACUAUUUUUUUAGGGUAUCUCCAUGCAUGGACUCACAGUUCACAGCUCACAGUUAUAGUAAGUGCAACAGCAAAACAUUUUGAAGUGCGUCAUGAUGAAGACCAAUUUACGGUGACACAUUAGUUACUAAGAAGUUCUUAACUGUGUUCUCCAAAUUACCAGAGCACCAAUCCAAAUGUUUGAGAGUAAUCAUUUUGCAGUAAUGCAGGGGAACUCCAUGGAUUGUUUGGUGCGUUCCUACAUUAGAGACACUCAAUAGUACUCUACUAAUAAUACAUUGAGAUUUCGGACACUUAACAAUCAUUAUCAUUGAUGAUGAUGUGUCAUAUCAAAGGUGAAAAGAUUUUAUUUUUUUUAUAAUACAAUGAACACUACUUUUUUUUGUUUCAUUGUGGGAAUUUUUGACUGCACUAUAUGGAGAAUUUGACACAAACAAAAUGAUGGAAGGUAAAUAAAUGCAGGUAAAGGGGUGAUUUCAAGCACAGCUUUGGAUGUUGAAGCCUCUAAUCAGUCUGAACCCACCAGAGGGAAAAUGUUUUUCUAAGCAAUCUAUGCUUUCUUCACGGCAUUACUGCUAAUACAAACUAAUCGUAGCAUUUAAGUUGAUAAAAUGGAAACCGGUGGCUACCUGGACUGUAAAAAAACUGCAUUUGUUUUUUUAGACUGUAAACGAUAAUGUUUUAGCGGGUUGAGUUUGCUGAAUUACCACUGAGCUGCUGAUGUUUAAACUUUCCACAAUUCUGGCACCUUUUUAGGGCUUCUCAUUCAUGUUGACUUGAAAAAAAGUUGAAGUCUAAACUGGUGAGGACUCUAUUGAAAGAUCCAGAACAGCAACUAAAUUGGCCUUGAAAUAAGAUUUUUGUCAUUUGAUGUAUCUUAUGGAGGCUUUUUGAGAUGAAUAAUGUUCUUACUAAGCGCAGAUGUUAUAUUUUUAUUAUAAACUGUGGAUGUUGUGAACUAAACCAUUGAUAUUGUGA